AUGCAAACACAGUAAAUGAUCCUAAGGGCUAACUAAUACAAGGGAUAGUCCUCUAGAUCUAGGUACAUUGUUACUUACUUCAAGAAUGAUGCAAUUUCUUUAAUGGUCUUCUCUUAUCUUUGGACGAGCACUACUGCCGCUAAGAGAAUCAGAGAGCUGAACUCAAAAUCUCAAUGGCUAGUCAGAAAUAACUUUACACAAGAAUACCCCGGACUGUUCAUUGAAAUUGAAAAAUCUUAACCAAUGCCUCUUAAAGACAUAUUCUUUGACGACUUUGCAGAUUUUAACUUUGUCGAAUAUAAAGAUGUUCACAUCCAUGAAAUUGAUCUUUACCAUGAUGGCGAAUUUCUUAACGGCAUAGAGGUUUACUAUCUUGUAGAUGGAGAUAUCAUGAAGUAUGCUCUCCAUCAUAAGAUGAAGAUAAAGUCAACUGUGAAGGGACAACCCGCACCCAAAGUCAAUAAUCCAAUGGCAGUUUUAUUUGGAGCGAAAAAGUAAGAUGCUCAAGCUGAAGAGGAUAAAGAACAUAAGAAGACUUCAUUAUACUUUAAAAGAAACGAGUACAUUAAGAGAGUAAAGAUUUCAGGUCAGGCAUAUCUUCACUAAAUUGAAAUUGAAACUAAUGAUAGCAAAAUGUAUAGAGUAGGUGCUAGAAAGGCUCUAGACCAUGAUUGUGAAUUCGAAAUAUAAGAUGACUACAAAAUCAUAUCAUUCGCGGGGGUCCUCUAGAUACUUUAAAAUGAUUGUAGGUUACUAAACCUAUAAAUUUCAUCAAAGCAGCUAAACGAUGAUUGUGAAAAUACAGCUGAGAUUUCACCUACGUACAGAGAAGUUAUAUAGCUAAGAUAUGAAAUGUUUAAUCCCUUAAGGAAUGAUAUGUGGGAGUUUGUGAAAAGAAUGAAGUGCAUUAAGUUGUUCCCUGGUAAGAUAAUUGGCAAGGAGAAAGAAAUAAAUCCUAAAUACUUUGUACUCGGAGGCAUUAAAAUUGUGUAUGAAUUGAAAAAUGGUGAAGAAUUUGAAAGUGGUAUUGAGUCACUGAGAUGCCAAAACUAUGAUAUGGAGCCAGCUAUCUUAGAGCUCAGAGAUAAUGAAUAUAUCACUACUAUAAAUGGAACUGGCAAGGAGUAUGUUUAAGAGAUUAAUAUGGAAACUAAUUUCUAUCGCAAAAUCAAAUAAGGUGCCAAAAUAAAGGGCAAUAAAGGCGACGAUGCUCCUCAAAAAUAGAAUCCUUCAGCUUUGGUGGGUUUAGCAUAACUAAAUAUUGCUAAUAGCCAAAACUAAAAUAACAGCUUUUCAAUGUCUCUACCACCAGGAGCUAAGGUCAUAGCAAUAGCUGGGUCUGCUGACGACUAUAUUAGAUCAGUUUUUGCUUACUACAAAGUUUGA